AUCAUUCCACAGAAUCGGCAUGCAGACAUCAUGGCGCCAAUGCUCGCUGGGCGAGAGACAAACGGCUUCCAGCCUCCGCCAUCGUCGAUGCUGGUCACUCAUGUCGUUCACGGGAAUGGCGUGCCAGACUUUGACCGAGACAGUUUCAAUCAACUCUUAGCAGAAGCGCUUGGAUCAGAUGAGCAGGGCCAGUCCAACCUGGGUGCAGAUGUUUCAGUCAAUCACAAACUGAUAUGCAUCAUCUUUCAAGUAGGCAUCGAGCGAGCCCUUGAGGAGAACCCAUUCCAGACUGCAGCGGGUGCAGGUAAGGCUGUUUCUCAACUUAAAACCUGUCUCGAGGUCCUUCAACUCGCCAUUGAAAGAUCGCCUCAAGUUCUUUUCGUGAAGUCAGACUCACAAGGCAGUGAUGUGCCCGGGAACUGCGCCUUGUACACCUGGCUCAUUCCACGACUUGUACCGUUGCUUGCAGGGUCUCACAAUGCCGGUAUACAUGACUCCGUGCUGGCGGUCUUCAACGCUAUGCUGGAGACGGAUCGAAAAUGUGUGACGGCUAGUCCAUGCCUUGCAAUACUCGAGUAUAUGAGGGCGACAGCCUCUGCGUUCAUAGCCAUUACCCCUACCCUGCCCAGUUACGAAAAUGCAAAAUCCAUUACCAUCAAUGCCGACGAUUUCUCCACGAGACUUUCGGCGGUCGAACUACGCGGUCAUGUCAACAUACCGAGCCUGGUCUUCGAGUCUAUUCAUCACCUGCUGAUGGCAAUAGUCCGCAUACUAAAGACUAUCUCCAAGCAUUCGGAGUCUGCACAAACCAAAGUCCAAUUCUGGAAAUUACUUGUUCGAUUCCGCGAUUAUGUCGAGUAUCACGACUCACCCGUUGAUAAACCCGAGGAACUUAGUCACGAAAUUCGCGCACUCAGCAUCAGACCUAUUUCGAAAUCGUUCUCCCCUAGCGUACCCUUGGUGGAAACGUGGCCAGGCACCGAUCGUGCCCGCAAACGUCCGCGACUGUCCACUGAACAUGAAUCUGAACCCUCAGACGAAACCUUUCACCACAAAGUCUGCCGCAGAGUAACGUUGGAGCUGACAGGGCGGGCUGUUUCCGACCUCGACGGCCUUAGCAAAACAUCCUCUGGACACUUUCAGCGACUGUCCGAGGACAAGCAAUGUGCUGCCCUGGAACUGCUAGGCACGGCUGCGUGUCAGCUCGCGCGAGGACCAGGAUCGGCACAAUGCAGGACCUGUGACAACGACAUUUCCUCUAUCACUGUUCCCGGCGAAGCCGACCAGAAAUUGAGCGAAGAACUGCUCAAGACACUGCUGAACCUCACACAAAGCAUAACACGUCAGUCGAAGGCAAGAGUCGUGGCCAUGUCCGUCCUGCGAUGCAUCGUUAUGCAUGGCAGCUCCAGCAGUGAUCUGAAACUAUCCCAGACACCUGCUGGUGAGUGGUGCUUACAAUCUCUAAAGAGCUCAUCGAGGGAUCUCCGUGUCGCGGCAGCCCGGACUCUACAGGCGUUCAUCCUGAGGAGAAAGAACAUCGACGUCUCUCUUACUCGAGAGAACAGAAUGACCGCUCUUGAGGUCAUGCAGACUCUUUGGCAGAAAAGCGAUGCCAGUAUCCAGGAAACCUUGGUCUUGGCCCUCACUGGCAUGGCUCCAGUGGUCGACGAUGAUGAAGAAUUGAAUAUCAUUCUGGUCAGACUUGUGGAGUAUCUUGGCCACAAUAAUCCGCACAUUGUCGGCGUCGUCUACGCAGAGAUCCAGCGGGUUGCACAGUGCUUGCAAGUCUCGGUCUGGCUACUGUUUCGUCCAUUCUGGCGAACAUUAGGGGUUGUCUUUGCUAAAUCGCUGACCACCCGACCCAACUUGGCUCAACAAAUGUGCGAUCUCUUAGGCAUGGAUAUAAACGGGUUGAUGGGACACGCGGCGGAAUAUGCGCUUCCUUACCUGGUCUUGCAGAAAGACCACGCCACCAUCGGACGUUUCGCGGCGGCAAACGGCCCCUCCACCACGCCCUUCGAGCUCUGUACACAAAGACAAAACCUCAUCGCCAUACUAUCAUUCCUGCUGAUUCAGCCGUUUGCAGAUGCAGAACAUUCAAUUACUGCUAUCCUCUCCGAUAUCUCUGCAGAGUUUGCCAAGACCGACCUUGCAGAUUGGGUGGCACUGGAUUCUAUUCAAAUUGCCUGCGAGCUGCUGAAAGCCAUCGGAGAUGGUGGUCAAGGAAAGUCCUCGAGGAUCUACCAGGCAUUGCAGCUUCUUGCCCAACUGAUCGCUCGUCAACGUGGACAAUCCUCGGGCUCUCGACGGAGUGAUGGUAUUGGCCUUUUUCUCGAGAAUAAUGUUCUCGCGAUUGUUACGCAUUUUACUGUCCUUCUGAACGACCUCGAAGCGAAAGAAUCCAAGGUUGAGAAGCGCAGAUGCCUCGCUGCUUUGGGCGAAGUGGUCAAGCUUGGAAAGAGCCGUGUUGUCCGCGCACUGCCACAAAUAUGUGCUUGCUUGAAGUCUGGGCUCGAUGAAAUGGAUUUGUGCGAUGCCGCCUUCUUGUCGUGGGUCGCCAUGAUCAAGUCCCUCAAGCGAGAAGAUUUCGAAUCGCUUGUUGACCAGACUCUUGCAAUCAUUGUCAAUAGGUGGGACAUCCUAAACAGCUCCUCGCAGCAAGAGGCAUAUGACCUUGUCGGCUACCUGCUCAAGAACCACACCGAUCUCGUUAGAGAUCAUUACAGUACGAUGCCCUCAUUGGCCUCCAUUCCUCUCUUGUCUAAAUAUGAGGCCGAUCUUGUCACCUUGAAACGUCAGAUGGAUGAACGACAUCAAUUGAUAGCAUUUGUGCACAGAUUGCAGGAUGAGAACCUGUCUGUGGUGCAACGGGCACUCGAUGAGCUGGUGCCGCUCUUGAGCCAGAAGCAAGACUUGCUGCAGCGUUCCAUACUACGUGAGCAACCUGAUGAGUUUGUUGCUGAGCUGACCCGUGGUCUACUGGACUGCUGCGUCAAGUUCAACUCCUCAAACGAUAUCACACGGCAGUGUGGCCAAUGUCUGGGACGCAUUGGUUGCUUGGACUCCAGCAAGAUUGAGAAUGUGGUGAACCGCAAGUCUAUGAUAGUCCUGGCCAAUUUUGGAAAGGCCGACGAGGUCAUCGAAUGGAUAUUCUUCUUUCUUCAACACGUCCUUGUCAAAGCUUUCUUGUCUGCACCGACCACAAGAGCACAAGGGUUUCUUGGCUGGGCGAUGCAGGAAUACCUCAAGUCCUGCGAACAGGAAAGUCCUACGAGAUCAAGCUCCGGAAAUCUGGCCUCUCGAUUAUGGGAGAAGUUGCCCGAGUCUGUUCAAAACACCUUGACUCCCUUCUUGAGCUCCAAAUACUUGGUGCAGGAGGUUCGGGCACCGGAGAAAAGCCAGUAUCCUCUAUUUCAUCCAGGCAUGCGACAUCGAGAUUGGUUGCGAACCAUCGCGUUGGACUUCCUACAUCGAGGGUCGGGAGAGAACGUUGACCUCGUCUUUGGCAUCGCUUGCCGCAUCAUACCCGGCCAAGACACUUCGAUACCUGCUUUCCUUCUGCCCUAUGCGGUCGUGAACCUCAUUGUCAGUGGGGUUGAGCAGAACAGCCACGACAUCGUGGCCGAAAUUACAUCAAUCCUUAGCCAGUCCCUUGAUGGUCAAGAACGCCGUAUUCAGGAUGACAUCAAGCUGUGCAGUCAGACAGUCUUCGAGAUUCUUGAUUACAUGUCGAGCUGGCAGCAGCAUAAACGAAAGCAAUACAAUAUUGGACUGGCAAAAUCGGACCGUGGCCAAAUUGACCUCCUGUUAGGAAAUGCCGCAGAACAGAUCCGCAGUAUUGACCAGGUCUUGGAACGUAUUCCUGCAGAUAUUAUGGCUCGGAGGGCCCUUGAGUGCAAGUCUUAUGCUCGAGCUCUGUUCCACUGGGAACAACACAUCCGUGAGGUCAAGACAGGCGACAACCAAGCCCAGCUGCAGAGAUUGCAGGACAUAUACGCUCAGAUCGAUGAGCCAGACGGCAUUGAGGGAAUCUCCUCCCGCAUGCAUGUUCUUGAUAUCGAGCAGCAGGUCCUUGAACACAAAAAGGCUGGACGAUGGGCGGCAGCGCAAAGUUGGUACGAAAUGCAGCUUGUAGCCAAGCCGGACGAUCACGAUGUCCAGAAGAACCUGAUGGAUUGUUUGUCAGAGUCCGGACAGUACGAUGUCCUACUCCAGCAUUUCGACGCCAUCAGAAGUCAGGAGAAGACAACUCCAUUGUUGCUUGCUCCUCACGCUAUGGAGGCUGCCUGGGCGACUGCCCAAUGGCCACGACUGUCGAACUACGUUCAGAAGUGCGGCGUACAUGACUUUGCCUCCCAUUUGGCAGAUAUCAUGGUGACUGUCGAUAACAAGGACGAAGCAAAAGCUCUGAAGCUGGUGAAUGAACUAUAUGCCAACACAGCGGCAGAACUCACACCAAAUGCUGUAGCCUCGUUUCAAGCCGGUCAUGACAUUAUGCUCAAGCUACAUGUGCUGAGUGAUGUCCAGCUCAUAACGGCAAGUUCAUCAGAUGAUCGUCUGUCGGUCCUCGACAACCUUCGAGCUCGGCUCAAUAUUCUUGGCUCAAAUGUUGCAGACAAACAAUAUCUACUCAGAGUACAGCGCGCAAUGAUGUCUCUGCGUUCAGCAACUUUCACGUCUGAUGACGUUGCAGCUUCCUGGCUUUCAACUGCUCGGCUGGCCCGGAAAGCUCGAGCUAGUAACCAGGCUUUCGAUGCGGUCUUGAGAGCGUCAGCCUUGGGCGACAAGUCUGCGGCGAUUGAGCAAGCGAAGCUCAUGUGGGUUGACGGCGACCACAGAAAAGCAAUUCGGAUGUUGGAAGGCGCCAUUGAGUCAGGUGCAUUUUCCGGAUAUGGCUAUGUUAUCGAGAACGGCUCGGUCACUCAACGACCUCAAAAUGAGAUCAUGUCGAAAGCAUACGUACUACUUGGCAAGUGGCUCGAUCAAGCCGGGCAGACUCAGUCAGAUGUGAUCAGAAAUACCUUCAAAAAAGCCACUGAACAACACAGCAAGUUAGAAAGAGCCCAUUAUCAUCUCGGCCGCUUCUACAACAGAAUUCUAGACUCGGAGAGAGCAAUGCCUCCAGGCAAAGAAACCCAACCUUUCCUCACCGGAGAGACUGCUCAACUCGUCAUUGAGAACUACCUCCGAUCACUUGUCGUCGGCAGCAAAUACGUGUCUCAGACGCUACCGAAGGUACUGACUCUCUGGCUGGAAUUGAUCGAUGGUGAAUUGCCACAAGAUCCCCGGCGUGGGAAUGCUCAGUUUCAUGCCCACAAUGCGGCACAACGAAAACGUGUGAUUGAGCGCACGAACAAUCACAUCAAGAAAUACACUGGUCUCAUACAGCCAGUUCUUCUCUACACAAUCUUGCCACAAGUGGUCGCACGGAUUUGCCAUGGAAACAAAAUCGUGUCGGAGCUUCUAGGUGCUAUCGUUGUCAAGGUGGUGAGAGCUUUCCCUCAACAAGCAUACUGGACACUCCUGGCUGUGAUCGAAUCUCAACAAAAAGACCGCGCCGUCAAAGGUCUUGGGCUAAUCACCAAAAUUUGUGUUGAUAAGGACAAGGACAAAGGAAAGGACGGCACGCCGAAAGGACCGUCGGCGAGCGAGCUACGAAACAUGUUCAACAGCGGGCAGAAGUUCGUCAAAGAACUACUUCGCGUAUCCGAGUAUCCGAUCGAGGGCAAAGUGUCGAAGAUCAGCCUGUCUCGCGAGCUGGGAUUCAACCACAAGAUCGCGCCGUCAAAGCUGGUGGUGCCGAUCCAGGCGUGCCUGAUACCCAGCAUGCCAACCAACUUCGAAGCGAAGGCAUUGCAAGCAUUCCGACCCUUUGCCAAAGAACCGGUCACAAUCUCAGCGUUUGCCGAUGAGGCUCUCGUUCUUUCAUCCUUGCAGAAACCGCGAAAACUCACCAUCCGGGGCUCAGAUGGCAUCCUUUACAACGUUCUGGCCAAACCCAAGGACGACCUGCGCAAGGACCAACGUCUCAUGGAAUUCAAUACCAUGAUCAACCGAUCUCUGAAACGCGAUGUUGACGCAGCUAAACGCCGCCUGUACAUUCGGACAUAUGCGGUGAUCCCACUGAACGAGGAAUGCGGUCUGAUCGAAUGGGUCGACAACCUCAAGACCUUCCGCGACAUCAUUCUCAAGCUGUACAAGGACAAAUCCAUCCAGCCCAAUUACAUUGAGAUCCGCAAUUUGUUGGACGAGUGCUGCUCGGGUGACCCAGAAAAAGUCAAGAUCUUCCCAACUCGUGUCCUGACGAAAUUUCCCGCCGUCUUCCACGAGUGGUUCGUCGAGAGUUUCCCCGAUCCAAGUGCGUGGUUUGACGCGCGAUUGCGCUACACGCGUUCCACAGCCGUCAUGUCCAUUGUCGGACACGUUCUGGGUCUAGGCGACCGACACGGCGAGAACAUCUUGUUCGAGGAGGACAACGGUGGUGUCAUGCACGUUGAUUUCAAUUGUCUCUUUGACAAGGGUCUGACCUUCGAAAAGCCGGAGAUGGUGCCCUUCCGGCUCACGCACAAUAUGGUCGACGCGAUGGGGGCGUACGAGUAUGAGGGCCCAUUCCGACGGUGCUGCGAAAUCACGUUGCGGUUAUUGCGGAGUAAUGAGGAUGCGCUGAUGACGAUUUUGGAGACGUUCUUGCAUGAUCCGACGACCGACUUUAUCAAUGUCGCGGGGCGGAAGAAGAAGAGCGUUAAUGGCGUGCCGAACACACCGGUGGAAGUGCUGGAUGGGGUCAGAGGGAAGGUUAGAGGGAUGUUGCCUGGGGAGAGUGUGCCGUUGAGUGUGGGUGGGUAUGUUGAGGAGAUGAUUAAGCGGGCUACGGAUCAGGCGAAUUUGUGUAGGAUGUAUAUUGGGUGGUGUGCUUUCUUCUGAUGAGGAGAAUGAACAUGAGGAUGAUACAAUUGAAAAGCAUGAGCAAAUUAAU